CACUGAUCCUGCCUCAUUCUUCAUUGCUCAGCUUGGGGGGUUCCCUUAUCGAUGGCCUUGUACUGAUGAUGUUGCAUUUAAGAGAUUAUGACCUUGUUCAGCAGCCAAAAACUUGCCGACCCCCCAUCCUUGGCUCCUCCAGCGGACUGCCCCUGCUAACGUCUGGAAAGCCAUCAUAGGUAAGAUGGAUGGGUUACGUGUCUUGGGCCUGCACGGUAAAGGCACCAAUUCUGAAAUCAUGAAGGCACAAGUCGGCCCUUUAUGCAGAGCAGCUGAAAUCGAAGGUCACGUUCAGUUCGAGUCGGGCCCGGUUCCGUCAGUGCCAUACCACAAUAUCGAACGGUUUUUCCCAGGUCAAGACUAUAGGGCUUGGUAUGAAGCACCAACCUCUGAGAAGCUCCGUGAAGCGCAAGACUACCUCUCAGCCCUUCUUCAAGGUCGUCCCCUUGGAUCGCCCGAUGAGGUUCCGAAGCCUCAAGUCAGUGAUAUGCGGAAAGUCACGCUUUCCAGAUCGGCAGCGUUUGACUUGUACAACGAACUCUCAAGGGACCUCCCUCGAGCUUUCGAUGGUGUGAUCUGUUUUUCUCAAGGUUGCGCGCUAGCUGCAGGACUUCUGCUCCAAACUUCGAUUGAGCAUCCCGCUGAGGAAGCUCCAAUCAAAUUUGCCAUCUUCAUUUGCGGUAGCCGCCCUUUCUCUCCUGUCACUACGCAACGGUACAACACGAGGGAGUUGAAAGGGACUGACGCGCCUAUCAGAAUCACCAUUCCGACGCUGCACAUCAUCGGCAAGCAAGACGGGGCCAGGCAGGAGGGGCAUCUGUUAGCAUCGCUCUGUGCCCCAGGCACAGCCGAGGUUCUCGAAUUUGACGGUGGUCAUGCACCUCCAAGAAAGAGCAAAGAUAUCCAGGAAGUGGCUCGGGCCAUCAAAAGACUAGUCUGCAAAGCUCAGGCAUGAAAGCCACCACCAGGUGGCUACAUUUUUCGCAAUCUACCAAAGCGCGUCACCUGCCCCCUGACCCGCAUCAUCACAAGAGAAUCACUUUAACGGCAUUCCCGCUCACUUCCGCAGCUCC